AUGAAGGGGAAUCCAUUAUCAAGAAUCUUAAGAACCCGUAAAUCAAGUAAUACCAUUCUUCCUAUUAAUCCUGAUGUAUCUCUUGAUGAUGAUGAUGAAGUGGAAGAUGAUACUUUUCAUCAAUCUCGAUUUCAAACAGUAAGAAAUUUCUUUAGCUUUCAUAAACGGAAUCAACCAAAUCAUAAAUCAAUCAAACUUGCCAAUGAAUUAUUUGAACAUAAUGAAGAAGAUAAAGAAGAUCAAUGUAAGAAAGAUGAUGAAUUACUGAACAAAUUUAUGACGCUUAAACAUAGAUUAAAUCCUCAAUUUCAACCUAUCCAAUUAAAUAAUCAUAUAAAUGGAAAUGUAAAAGAUGAUGAAUUGAAAUCUAAAUUUGAUGAUUAUAUUUCUGAUGUUAAUAAUUAUUGGAAAUCAAGUGAAGAUAUAUCCAAAAUUGAUAUUAAUUUCGAUUUUGAUUCUGAUUUAGAUGUACCAUCCGAACAAGAUACUAAUAAUGAUAAUAAUAAUAAUAAUCCUUAUGAUAAAUCAACUCAAUUUUCAAGAACUCAUCAUCCAGGAAGUUCAGAUUUAAGUCUUAGAGUAUUGAAAUCAAAAUCUCUGGUGGAACCUGAUUUCGAAUAUACAACUUCUCCUGCUGAAUUAUUACGUCUUAAAAGGAAAGAACUUGAUAUUGUACCUGUAUUAGAUGAUGAUGAAGAGGAUCAUCAUUAUGAUACUACAAAUGAUUUCACUCUUACUACUAAUGAUGAAGAUUCACCUCUGAAAACUCUCAGGUUAAAACGAAGUAUCUCAAGAUUAAGCUUCCAUAGUCUUAACUUAUUAUUUGCCCAAACAUAA